AUGGGGCUCGGUAGUUGGACUUCGGCAGAGUACAUCGGAUCGAGGAGCGUCGAAUUAUUCGACGUGGAGUCGAGCUGUGGAAAUGGCAUUGAGUGCGAAAAACAAAGAAGGUUUAUUGAUGGUUCUAUAUCAAAACCUUCUAUACAUUUACCUCUAUAUGCUGCUUGGUGUAGAUGUAAUCACUUUGUGUCCUCAUGGAUUAUAAAUUCAAUCCCCAAGGAGUUAUAUCCUAGUGUUAUGCACAAGGACCCAGCUCGUGAAAUCUGGCUUGAACUGAAGGAUAGGUACAGCCAAGGAAAUGGGCCUCGGAUAUAUCAGUUGAAGAAGAUGAUUGUUUCAAUUUCACAAAGGAAUGGAUCUGUCAGUACAUACUUUAACAGGUUGAAAGGGUUAAGGGAAGAAUUAUCGAACUAUAGACCGCAAAUUCACAAUCCCUACUUUGAAGAGGAGCAGAUCUUGCAAUUCUUGAUGGGAUUAGAUGACUGCUACGUACGUAGCCUGAUUUUGUUGAUGGAGCCAUUGCCUUCAUUGAAUAAAGUGUUUGCACUAGUUCAACAAAAUGAGAGACAGUGA